AUGGAGACCAACCCGGGUCCUUUCAUUCCUCUGGUACCCGGAACGUCUCUCCAGCGCAGGCGAAAUGGAGGGGGCUUAGCCAAGCAUGCUGGGGGAGGGGUGUCAGUACAGCGGCCACCUGCCGCCAAGCCUUUGAGUCCGGGGAGGUUUCGGGACCCAGAGUGCCAAACUCUCCACGCUUGGGGGUGGGCAGAGAGGGAGGAGAGGAGGAGGGGAGGCGGGCCCCUCCACCCACGCGUCCAUUGGGCGGCGCCGCCAUCAGUCUCCCUACAGCGACACCGCCUUCUCAGUGAGCCCAGAACCUCCCCUCCUCCGCCACCUUCCGCCCCACCCCGUCAUGGGGACCUCUCAUUGGACAUAAUUGCGGUCAAUCUACCUCGAGUUAGAAAUCCGAUUGGACGAAAGGCCUUCGGGCCUCCCUGAGCCUGCUCGAAUUGGCUUGCUUAACGUUGGCGCAACGGAAGAGGCGGCCAGCCGAGGGUGCGCCUCUUCUCCUGCUGAACUGCCGCGGAGGAAAGGAGUUCAGCUCUGGGGGCCUGGCUAGGGCGGCAGCAGUGGCUGCUGUGCAUGGGAACGGGCCGGCUCGGCGCGCCCAUGGACCUCCGGAAAAAGCGGCCGCUUUUUCCCUGGUUUGGCUUGGAUAUUGGCGGUACCCUGGUCAAGUUGGUUUAUUUUGAACCCAAAGACAUCACUGCUGAAGAAGAAGAGGAAGAAGUAGAGAGUCUUAAAAGCAUUCGGAAGUACCUGACCUCCAAUGUGGCUUACGGGUCCACGGGCAUUCGGGAUGUGCACCUUGAGCUGAAGGACCUGACUCUGUGUGGACGCAAAGGCAAUCUGCACUUUAUACGCUUUCCCACUCAUGACAUGCCUGCUUUUAUUCAAAUGGGCAGAGAUAAAAACUUCUCAAGUCUCCACACAGUCUUUUGUGCCACUGGAGGUGGAGCAUACAAAUUUGAGCAGGAUUUUCUCACAAUAGGUGAUCUUCAGCUUUGCAAACUGGAUGAACUAGAUUGCUUAAUAAAAGGAAUUUUAUACAUUGACUCAGUGGGAUUCAAUGGACGGUCACAGUGCUACUACUUUGAAAACCCUGCUGAUUCUGAAAAAUGUCAGAAAUUGCCAUUUGAAUUAAAAAAUCCAUACCCCCUGCUUCUGGUGAACAUUGGCUCAGGAGUUAGCAUCUUAGCUGUAUAUUCCAAAAAUAAUUAUAAGAGGGUUACAGGUACUAGUCUUGGAGGAGGGACUUUUUUUGGUCUCUGUUGUCUUCUAACUGGGUGUACCACUUUUGAAGAAGCUCUUGAAAUGGCAUCUUGUGGAGACAGUACCAAAGUGGAUAAACUAGUGCGAGACAUUUAUGGAGGAGAUUAUGAGAGGUUUGGAUUGCCAGGCUGGGCCGUGGCUUCGAGCUUUGGAAACAUGAUGAGCAAGGAGAAGCGAGAGGCUGUGAGUAAGGAGGACCUUGCCAGAGCGACUUUGAUCACCAUCACCAACAACAUUGGUUCCAUAGCAAGAAUGUGUGCUCUUAAUGAAAACAUUAACCAGGUGAUAUUUGUUGGAAAUUUCUUGAGAAUUAAUACCAUCGCCAUGCGGCUUUUGGCAUAUGCUUUGGAUUAUUGGUCCAAGGGGCAGUUGAAAGCACUGUUUUCGGAACAUGAGGGUUAUUUUGGAGCCGUUGGAGCACUUCUUGAGCUGUUGAAGAUUCCCUGAUUGUUAACCUGGGAGGGCUUCCUGGAUCUUUCCACGAUGGGAUUUAUGGUCUUUGUUUUUUUUUUUAAGAGACUUAACUCAGUUUUAUGAUUGUUUACUACCCGAAUCAAAGUGAGAAAUGAGAAGAGUAUUUUUCUAAGUCAUCAAGAUAAGAAUUCAGUCUAAAAUAGCAACCAAUAAGUAAAAAUACAUUAAAAACAAAGUGGACUGUGUCCAGUCAGUGUGAGGAUUUGCUGUAUUCAGGCGUCUUUUCAGUAUAGUCCUGUUAAGCUUGUGGUGUGCUUUGAAAUCUCAGCAUCACUUCCGGCAGAUGUUCUAGGAGAGCUGUCUUGUGUUCUUGCAUUUAGCUGACUGGGUGAAUGCAAGUCAGGCUGCUGUGUGUUAUAGUCUAAUCACAGUUCUGUCGGAAUGGCCUUGGAGAUCAUCCUUGCAUAUUGGUUUGCAUGUAGCCUUUGUGAGAACAUACUGAAGAGUGGUUUACUUCGAUGUUCUGUGAACUUUAACUGGGCAGGCUAAUCUUUUUCUUUUUUAAAAGAUAGGGUCUCACUGUAGCCCAGGCUGGCCUUGAACUU